AAAAAAACUCAACUCCAACUUUGAAAGGAAGUUACCACCUCUUCCAAACUCUCAGUGUACACACAGGCUCAUGAGGACAGCAGCACAGAGCAAGCAGUGAAAAGGGCUACUCAUAAUGCCGUGUUUCUGUUUGAAUUUGGAGAGAAAAAUGGGCAGGGAUAUUUGACAUUUGCCUGGGGCUGCCUGUGUGGAUACAAGAGCUUUUUGUCAUCUUAGACUGGUUGAUCAAAUGAGCUGUUUUAACCAGAAGAUCGAAGACUGCAAGCUCUGAUAUUCAGCAAACUCCAUCGAAGAACAGUCUAUUCAAUCACAAUGGCCUGGGACUAAAGACUUUCAUUUUGUGGUGGUGAAAAUUGAAAUAAAAUCAGUAUGGAUGUGAAAAAGAAGGAGAUGGAUCUUCUUAGCAACACUAUAGCUGCAUAUGCACACAUUAAAGCCAACCCAGAGAGCUUUGGGCUGUACUUUGUCCUUGGAGUCUGCUUCGGCCUGGUUCUGACCCUUUGUCUCCUGGUCAUCCGUAUCUCCUGUAAACCUCGGACCAACAUCUCCCCCUCCACGCCUGAGAAAAAACAGUUAAAGGACAUUAGCGAGGAGGACGAUGAGAGCGAAGAUGAGGAUGAAGAAGUAGAGGAAGCAGAAGCCACACCCAUUACGUUGCCAACCACAGAAAUCCCAAACGGAAAUCACACCAACCAUUCCGAUGGGACUCUGAGCGUGAAUGUAUUUACCUCAGCUGAAGAGUUGGAGCGGGCACAGCGGCUGGAGGAGAGAGAGCGGAUCAUAAGAGAGAUAUGGAGGAACGGGCAGCCUGAUAUUCUGGGCACAGGGACUGGGACUAUAGGCAGAGUGCACUACUACUAACAUUUACAAAUCACCAAAUAAACACUGGGAAGCAUUGUUUUUUUUGUUGUUGUUGUUUUUUUUUACUACGAGGACACAUCAAGUUUCUCAUGACUGCUUCAACUAUGGGACCUGAGAUGGGACUGAAAAUAUGUGGUGAUCCAUGACGUAGGCUCUGUUUUAUUGCACUUCCAAUGCUUUCUACAUGGGAUAAAGCCAAAAGUUAUUAAUCAUUAUGAAAUGCAAUAUUGUUUGGGUGCUGAGGGACACUUGAAGAUGUCAUUACAGAAUAUGUAGCUUGAUUAAAUGCACAGAAAUUGUUACGAAAUAUUUUUUGUAUGUAAUAAACCAUUAAAACACAUCCAUAGCCUAAAUGUUAAUGUUAUGU